CUAAAAUAACCAAUCCCAAAACAAAAAAGAAAAAAGAAAAAAAAAAACCCGAAAAUGGUGAAUUAAUUACUGAGUACAAAAAAAGGAAUUAAAACAAGCAGAGAGUAGUACUAGUAUAUUUAGUAUAAGUAGAUCUCACUUCUUCAACCCAAAUCAAAUCCUAUUUCCAAUCGCUGGGGUAAGGCUGAAUCUGGGUGAUCAUUUCCUUCUUCCCCAACUCCAGACUGAAUCUGGAAUAGGGUUUUUCGAUUGAAUUGCGAGAAUGGAGUUGUUCUAUUACCUGGUUUUUGGGGGAUUAGGGGCAGUGGUGGCAGCCCUGGAGUUGAGUAAAAACAACAAGGAUCGCAUCGCCACUUCUCAGGCUUUCACUUCCUUCAAGAACAAUUACCUCUUUGUCUACUCCCUUAUGAUGGGUUGGUUGCCAUUGCCUUCGUUUCUCCCUGUUUAUGUUUUGUUUUUUUUUUUUGUUUUAUAGUAUAUGCGUGUUUUUUUGUUUCGAUUACUAUUUUGGAGUGUUAAUCCGUCAGAUCUGAUCCUCUUUAAUGCUGCAUUGUGUUGUGAUUGAUUGGAUUUGGAAUCGAUCCUGGAUUUUGACUGGGUUAUUGUUUUUGGUUUGCGUGGAUUAGCUGGGGAUUGGCUGCAGGGUCCGUACGUGUACUAUCUUUACACGACUUAUGGAUACGGGAAAGGGGAUAUUGGACAGCUCUUUAUUGCUGGUUUCGGAUCUUCCAUGUUGUUUGGUACCAUUGUUGGAUCUCUUGCAGACAAACAGUGAGAUUCUUACUCCCCCGAUUCUUCAAUCAUUUUUGACAUAUUUGUACGAAUGAUUUUGAGUAAUGAUGCAGGAAAUAGGUAUUACUGUAGAGAUCAUUGGUGUGAUUUCUUGUACAAAAGAUUAGUAUUUAAUCACUACUAAUUCACAGCUACUUAUUCGUCAUUUUGAUGAUUUUUUGAAAUAAUAAUUAUAUAAUCAUAUUAUUUGGCAAUGAGUGAAUGCCAUUUGAGUAGAGCUGCAUGUUUUCUACUAUCAUGUAAUGAGGAAUUUGUUGCACAUCAUAUGCAUACACAGAGGCCAAAAUUGAUUCUCAUAGUGAUUGACUUUUGCAUUUAGACAUCCAUUUGGGGAAUUAUCAGUCAGCUACUGUUAAAAUUCUUCAUUGUGCAUUGUUUACAAAUGCGUCUGCAUGUGUGAUACUGAGAUUUCGGUUUGAUGAUGGAACCUUUUCAGGGGGAGAAAGAGGGCGUGUGUGACUUACUGCAUCACUUAUAUACUUAGCUGCAUCACCAAGCAUUCCCCUCAAUACAGAAUUUUGAUGGUUGGGCGUGUCUUGGGUGGAAUUGCUACCUCCCUGCUCUUUUCAGCAUUUGAAUCAUGGCUUGUGGCCGAACACAACAAGAGGGGCUUUGAUCAGCAGUGGCUCUCGCUAACUUUUUCCAAGGCUAUAUUUCUUGGCAAUGGCCUAGUGGCUAUUCUUUCUGGUCUGUUUGGAAAUCUGCUAGUUGACACCCUUAACCUGGGCCCUGUCUCUCCAUUCGAUGCUGCUGCCUGCUUUCUUGCGAUUGGAAUGGCUGUUAUAAUGUCAUCAUGGACUGAAAACUUUGGUGAUCCUUCGGACAACAAGGACUUGCUCACUCAGUUCAAAGGCGCUGCUGUGGCUAUUGCAUCAGAUGAGAAGAUAGCUUUGUUGGGUGCAAUUCAGUCCCUUUUUGAAGGUUCAAUGUACACGUUUGUGUUCCUCUGGACACCUGCUUUGAGUCCUAACAAUGAGGACAUCCCUCAUGGGUUUAUUUUCGCAACCUUCAUGUUGGCUUCCAUGUUGGGGAGCUCCUUUGCCUCUCGGCUUAUGGCACGCAGCUCACCUAAAGUUGAGAGUUACAUGCAGAUUGUGUUUGUGGUUUCCUCUGCUUCUCUUCUGCUGCCAAUUAUCACAAAUUUCCUGGUAGCUCCAUCAAAGGUAAAAGGAGGCGGUAUCUCAUUUGCAGGUUGUCUACAACUUCUAGGCUUCUGUACUUUCGAGGCUUGUGUGGGAAUCUUCUGGCCGUCAAUUAUGAAGAUGAGAUCUCAAUACAUUCCUGAGGAGGCACGAAGCACAAUCAUGAAUUUCUUCCGCAUCCCACUCAACAUUUUUGUUUGCAUUGUACUUUACAAUGUUGAUGCAUUCCCCAUCACUGUUAUGUUUGGCAUGUGCUCAAUCUUCCUCUUCGUGGCAUCCAUCUUACAAAGACGGCUCUGCGCUAUUGCAGACAAGCCCAAGACAGAAGAUUGGAUGGCAAUGAAAGAGAGAGACACUGAGGAAGAGCCAUUGACUGAACCUUAAGGUUCAUACAAUACACGCUAUGUACACUGUAUUUGCUUGCAAUGGCAGGAGUAUAGUUGAGCAUACUAUUCGAUAGAAGGGUUUUGACGGGUUUCGAUUCCUUCCUUCAGAACUGCUGAGACAAAGGGGCAGAAGAAAGAGGUGUUUCGAAGAAAAGUUUAUGAAGCUAUAGCUGUUUUUAUUCAAUUCUUAAAGAAAAAGGAAAAUUAUUAACGUCUAUGAAACUCGCUGAUUUUUGUAGUAGCUUUGGGUAUCUUUUCGCCUUUUUUAAUUUUAUUUUAUUAUUAUCUUGAUGUCUUUAUUGGCAAUGAAACAAAAUCAAGAAAUGUCUCAAUAAUCUAGGUCUUUCUCAAUUUAUAUUAAAAGUUGUAUGGCAGAAUUGUACUUCUCUCCCUAUUCUUGCAUUGAUAUGUGAUGGAUUGAACAGUGCUUGAUACUAUAAGAACUCCGAAGUGAACCUAUGAA